GAGAAAGAAAAAUAAAAAAGAAGGCGUGGUGUCCCACAAAAUAUACACAAUAGACCAAUCUUUCUCCAUUGCGGAAACAGGAAAUCCUUUUGGCCAGAUCAAACACAGUAACCAACUUCCCUUAUCAAUAUAUUAAAAAAAAAAAAAAUUGGAACCGACAUGAAGGAUGACGAUUCUCUCCCGACAUCGACAUCGGCUGCGACGGCGACGGGAACAACAGAGGGAAAAGCAAAUGCGAAGAAGGAUAGCUCUGAUUCUAUUCUAUUCGGGAAAGGACGUUACAAGUUCUGGGCUUUAGCUGCCAUUCUGCUUUUGGCAUUUUGGUCGAUGUUCACCGGAACCGUCACCCUACGUUGGUCCUCCGGCAAUCUCAAUAGUCUUUACGACGACAUUGAUGCUCCUAUACACGACGAUCUCGACGUCCUUGAAAUGGAGGAAAGGGAGAAGGUGGUGAAGCACAUGUGGGAUGUUUACACUAAUAGCCGUCGGAUCAGAUUGCCUCGAUUUUGGCUGGAGGCUUUUGAGGCUGCCUACGAGGAGUUGACUAGCGAUGUCCCUGGGAUUAGAGAUGCUGCCAUUUCUGAGAUCGCUAAGAUGUCUGUCCGCUCCAUUAUUCUAGAUCCGCCUCCUAUUCAAUCAACGAAUGCACGGGAAUUAAGCAAGAGUCUGAAGUUAGUAGGAAAAGGUGGUGCUGCUGCGACUUCGAAAGGGAGCAGCAACUGAUGGGAAGAACUUGAGAACCUGGGCUUCAAACCCGCUGUUAAAUCUGUAAUAGCAAAUCUCAUAUGCUGCCACAAUCUGCGACAUGCGGAAGGUGGACAAUACUCGGUUAUCCUCAGUUUCAUAGCAGGAACAACGUAGGAAUCUAGUUAGGUUCUUGUUUUUUCCAAGUUUUUGUUGUCAAAAACUUGCAAUCUUGUCUUCUGCAAGGAUCUCAAACAACUUUUUCAGUAGAUGAAUAUUCAAUGAAAAGUUUUUAUAAUUAUUUUAUAUAAAGUAAGAAUUAGAAGUAUUUUUGAAACUC